AUGGAUCGUCAUAAGCUUGAUCUAGUUAGUUGCGGUCGUGAUGUUCAGCGAAUCCAAAAGGCGAUUUGCUCUGGCUUCUUCAAGAACGCUGCGAAACGUGAUCCGCAGGAUGGCUACCGUACUCUCGUGGACGGACAAAACGUGUUUAUACACCCUUCAUCAGCUUUGUUCCAAAAUCAACCUGAGUGGGUUGUUUAUCAUGAGCUGGUGAUGACAACGAAGGAGUACAUGAGAGAGGUUACCGCUAUAGACCCGAGAUGGCUGGUCGAAUUCGCGCCGUCUUUUUUCAAGAUGGGAGAUUCAACAAAGUUGUCUGCUUUCAAGAAGAACCAGAAAAUCGACCCACUUUUCGACAAAUAUGCGGAUGCCAAUGCUUGGAGAAUUACACGCGUCAAGAAGAAGAUCUACAAUCCAAAUCGAUAA